CAGGAAUCAGUAGCUUGUAUCCAUGGUCCUGUAACCAUGGUCCUGUAUGCUCCCGUUCUCAAGUCGCCUACCACGUCAAGAUCGACAACCGUACCUAUAUCCCCAACGGUAUCGACGCAGAACCCGAGACAGCCAUACCGUCGAGGUUCAAAGGGAGGAUUCCAGACACCAGCCGUAGAGCAGGACCUCGCUCUUCCGGACAGGGUUCUGGAAGCCAUCCUAGAACAUCUGGCCAUGGAAGUGGUCCAAGAAGCUGUUCCCUCUGUCAAGCACGAUAAUGCGACCCGACCGCCCGUCAGCCGAGAGUCGUCACAAACAUAUGCGAGGACGGGCUCGAACCAGGAACUCUUGCUCGGGCUUUUGUCUCUGAGCAAGACUACCAAGUGCAUGGUCGAGCGAGCCUUGUACCUAUCGCCCUCCCUACAGGACAUCGAUUCCCUCAGACAGUUUACCGAAUCCGUCCAGCUCGGAGAAUCCCGAUGGGACUCGCUCAAGAACACUCCAUAUUCUACUCCAGGGCGAUACGUCACCGUGCUGGAUCUCCGCAAGGUCCUGGCUGGACGUACGGAGAUGGAUAGGUCGCAAGCCAGGUUGAUCUUUUACUCCUGCCUGACGAUGCUCUUCGCCUCGCUACCCAACCUGAAGGAGCUUUAUCUUCCGGAAGGAUGUGGAACUUUGCCUCGAAGCGUCUUGGAAGCGCUUCAAGAGAGCCCUUGUGUUCCUCAGCUGAGGGUAUUACAUGGGUUGGAGGUGACGCAUCGGAUCAACGCGCAAGGGGUUGAUCCUCUCGUACAACUAUUGGCUGGUAUGAAAGAGCUUCAGUCCCUCAAGAUCUGCGGACUUGGAGCUCAGGAUGAAGGUCUGGAUGCGAGAAUGUUGUCGAAGCCGCAACCGACGCUCUCGCUGCCGAGGCUACGAAAGCUGCACAUCUCGGCGAUCCGGAAUGGGCUACUCCUAGCAGCACUCAAGGAUUCCGAACUACCGGCUUUGGUAGAGUUGCAGACCAAUACAUAUCACCUGCUCGCCAAUGAUCUCACGCACCCUUUCAUGGUCGCGCACGGACCGAAGCUUACGUCUCUAACGAUUCACACGGCGAUCGAUUGGCCUCCCGUCCGCAUCCCAGCCCAUCCGGACAUCCUAUCAAUCUGCCCCAAUCUGCGUUCAGUCGCCUACCUGGAUAGGACGUGUCCUCCGCCGCCAGAGACGUUUGGUUCGAACGAUAUGAGCUCGCUGAUGGGUCCACACCCCCUGAAAGAGCUGACCAUCGCGAAAUGGUCGACGAACGCAAACCUUAGGGAGAUCACUCCCGAGGGAUUGGUCGAUCGACUGUUCCAAUCCAUCUUCCGGGCCGUCGUCACGGACGCUUCCCUAGGAUCAGGAUCAGAUGUUGCACGUCGCACCUCAUUCUCUAGCCCGCCAGCGAUAUCAUCGUUAUCGCUAUCGGCAGCUCCGCCGGACCGAAUGAUUAAUACCAUCCUCCCCGACCUCGAGGUGAUCCGGUUCCAAGAUUUCACGUGGCUCAGACCCGACUUGGGCCCUGCAGCCCUGGGUGCUGGGGUGAACGGUCUCUUGCGCAAAUUCUCGAGCAGGAUGGCGAGCGCUCGUCGGCCCGGUUCGGGUCGCCGGAUCAUACAGGUGCUCGAUAUGCACGGGAACGAGUGUCCGCCGAUUUUGAUGGGUAACAAGGGAUCGUUGGUGCUUGGAAUGAGAGGCGGACAGGACUCGAGGUGGGGCAUGAAGUCACAGCAGGAGAGGAGGAGGGCUAGUUUCGAGGACGACCUGGACGGAUAAUAGUGGCGGGAACGCAAGGAGUUUUGGAGGUCUUAGUUGUAUCGGUCAGAAGUCGUUAGUAUACCACAUGGACGUGCUUUGUAGAUAGCUGAGGGUCGCAAGGUCAUCCUUAGCGACCCUCUCAACUGCGGCACCUCGACGCGGCGCACAGGUGAUUACGGCCAGCGGGACUCCACGCGAUUCAGACGUGAACGCCGUAAACAGAUCCCGCAGAUCGCGCAGUUCGCAGGUCGUCCAUCCGGGAAAUUCUUGCCAGA